AUGGCAAACCUCAACAUUCCGCCUUCAAACUCUGUAGUCCGCUUGCGAGCCAUAGAUGCAGAAACGCAAAUGUGCGUCUCCUCAAAAGGCUUCAUCCAACCAACUCUCCGGGGUUUCGAGAUUCUUAAUCUCACAUCCAUAACAUUCCUCGUCGAGCACCCGCAGUUGCACAAGAAAGUUCUCUUCGACUGCGGUGCACGAAAGGACUUUGAGAAUUUCUCGCCACGAAUAAAAGAGCGCCUGAACCUAAACGUAAAAGGAUUGAGAAUCGAAAAAGACGUGCAUGACAUUGUGCAAGAAGCAGGGGUCCCGUUGGACGAGCUCGAUGCUAUGAUUUGGUCACACUGGCAUUGGGAUCACCAUGGGGCGCCAGAGAAGUAUCCUCAACACGUCGAAGUCGUGGUGGGACAAGGUUUCAAGGAGAACUUCAUGCCCGGCUACCCAACUCUACCCAACGCUAUCUUCCUCGAUGCGAACUUCGAAGGUCGCGCGGUCCGCGAGAUCAAUUUCUCGGACGAAUUCAAGAUUGGCAACUUUAGAGCACACGACUACUUUGGCGAUGGCAGCUUCUAUCUACUCGAUACGCCAGGCCACGCGAUAGGGCACAUGUGCGGCCUUGCUCGCACUACACCAGCAACGUUUGUAUUUUUAGGCGGAGACAUAUGUCAUUUUGGUGGAAGCUUCCGGCCUUCAUCCAAGAUAGCACUCCCAAACCAGGUACCAAAUGAACAUCUAGACAGCCAUCUACCCCACCCUUGUCCCUGCUCCAUGUUCACGGAAGUACAUCCCGCUGGCUCAUCAUCCCCAGCUUCGCAAACCUCUCCGUUCUUCGAAGUAACCUCCUUCGCCCAAUCAGCGUAUCUCAACCGCGAAGAAGCAGCGCGCAGCAUCAGGGAGCUUCAGCGUUUCGAUGAACACCCUGAUAUCUUGGUGUGUAUAGCGCACGAUCCUACACUAAUCAAGGUCCUGCCGUUCUUGAACAAUCAGCCAGAGAAAGAUCUAAAAGAUUGGAAGGAGAGGGGUUUAAAGCAGAAAGCGCAGUGGGGAUGGCUGAAUGAGCUACCCCGGAAUGGGAAGCCGGGGCGGGAGAUGUAUGUCGAGGGUGUGUGGAAGGAGGGAGAGAUGGUCGAGGACUUUACGAAGCUGAAGGCUACAAUAUACUAGGCCUGCAAAAUACUCGAGCAGUUUUCGCUGGUCAUUGAGCAACACAGUAGAGGCGAUAACAAUAUACAUAGCAUAGUCAUCUAUAUUUUUGCUUAAUAUACAUCGGGGAGAGACGUUGUAGAGCC